AUGGCGGACCAGGAUCCCAACGCCUUAUUUGGCCUCGACGACUCGAACCUCGGCGUGCCCCCGUCGUUCCUCGACGACUCGGACGGCCAGAACGUCAAAUCUGACCGAACUGGAUCCAGCAUCGCCAACGACAAUCAGGUCUACUACGACGCAAACAAUUGGUCCUUUCAAGACACACCCCCGUACGACACCUACAACAUCGCUGCCGUCACCACCGCCGCUGGCGCCACUCCUCUCUUCCAGACUGCCGCUCCGUGGGAUUUCUCUCCGAAUAACCAACACCAUCAACACGGCCCUCCCGCCGUCACCUCCGGUCUUGAUCACUCAACUCUCGCCCAGGCUGGCUUCUAUGCCGCUCCCCCUCCCGCCCCCAACAACCAGCAAUCCCAUCGAGGAGGCCAACCACACACCCUCCCGCAAGAGACCCUGAGUACCCUGACUCCCGCCCAACAGGAAAAGCUCAGAAAUAUCGCCAUGCCCGCCCAUCUGCAGUAUCAAUCUCCCAAGAGCGAGCCGAGCCCCGGAUCCGCCACCAGCGAUCACAAGGCAGCAGGACUGUCGUCUCCCGAUGCCCACGACUCCAGCAAGGCCAGCAGGAAGCGCAAGUCUUCGGCUGAUGUCGACGACGAUGAGGAGGAGGAUGAGGACGGCCAGCCUAUCAAGAAGACGGCCCAUAACAUGAUUGAGAAGAGGUAUCGCACCAAUCUCAACGACAAGAUUGCCGCGCUUCGAGAUAGCGUUCCUAGUCUGAGGAUCAUGUCCAAGAGUGCCAGGGGAGAAGACACCACCGAAGAUCGCGAGGAACUUCACGGCUUGACGCCAGCCCACAAGCUCAACAAGGCUACAGUUUUGAGCAAGGCCACCGAGUACAUUCGCCAUUUGGAGAAGAGGAAUAACCGUCUCUGCGACGAAAACCAUGCCAUGCAGAACAGAAUCGCCGCCUUCGAGAAGCUUUUCAUGGCUGGCGCGAUGAAUGGUGCCAUGAGCCCUCUCCAGCAACCGCCGACUCCUAUGCAGUACCCCCAGGAUCAGUACAUGAGCACCCCUAUCGGAACGCCGCGUGGCGAGUCUGCACAGGGCAUGAUUCCUGUGCCUGACGACAUGAAGCGUAUCAUUUCUGCUCAAAUGGCGGCCGGCCAACCUUACCCCAUGCCACAGCAAAACUACCGCGGAAACCCCAACGUCAUGCGACAACAACAGAUCCAGCAACAGCAGCAGCAGCAACAGAUGCAGCAACAAGGACGAUGGGGCAACAGCAGUCAGUACUUCGGCAAGCUGAUGGUCGGCUCGCUGGCCGGCCUUAUGAUUGUCGAGGCUGUGCGAGAGAACGAGCAGAGCAACGACACGCCCGAAGGCCGCGGUCUCUUCGCCCUGCCCAUCCAGCUGCUCAGCUAUCUCGGAUCGACUUCUCACAUGCACAUUGGCGGCUACUACAUCUCUCCUGCCCAGAUCAUCUCGCAUCUGAAACUUUUGUUUUUCCUUGGCACUUGCUUGUGGGUCUUUGUGCCCUCGCUCUUCGUUCCAUCUGAGGGGAAGCCAAAGAAGGCGCAACGUCUUCGGGAGUCGCUUCAGGCCGCUGGUUCCGUUGCAUCCCCAAUUCACGUCCGUCGCCAAGCUUGGUUGACUGCAAUUCAGACCGUCUGGGUUCCUCAGCACAACUUCUUCCUCGAAGCUGCCGCUCUAAUCAUGAAGACGAUGAAGUUGAGCAUGCGCAACGCUAUCGGUGUCCACGGCUACCAAAUGCUCACCGGUCUCACUGAAGAGCAGGAGGCUGCUCGUGUCAAGGCUUGGUCAAUUGCGUUGGAUGCCCAGCUUGCAGGAGGCGAUGUUGAGAUCAACAAGAGCCGACUAACCCUUACCCUCCUGGCAUCAGGCACUCUUCCCGAUACCCCUUCCCGACUGAUGCUCAAGGCCCUUCACGUCCGUGUCCUUCUUUGGGAUCUUGGUGCCAAGGGACUUCACAAUAUCGUUGCCAAGAAGGUCGCCCGCUCCCUCUGGAACGAGGCGAGAAACCAGAACCGUGUUCUUUCGCAGCUGCGCCGUAACUCUGAGCAGGUCGAUGAUGAUCUCCCCGAGCACCUGGCUGCCCUCAUCGAGCAAGAAUGCGACGACGUGCUCAACAACAGCGUUGUCCAGCGAGCCUACAACCUGGCGUGGAACUUGUCGACUACCGAGGGAGUUACCGAGCACAACGACGGAAUGGACACCGUUGUUGACGACCAGGCUGUACGAUCCCCACUGGAUGCUGUUGCUGCCUGGUGGUCGAGCCAGACCAUUCAGCGUGCCUUGAUCACCAGUCUCGAGGCAAGCAAGGAUGAUGGUGAUGCCCCGAGGGUAGUGUCAACCUGCUUGACCACCGCCCUCAAGACAUCUCCUAUCGGCUCCGGUGUGCAGGCACGCGCUCUUGUGGCCCGCGCCGUGCUUGUUGACGAGAAGCGAGGAGCCAAUAUUGCCGCCGCUCUCCAGAACAUCAAGCCGACCAGCGAACAAAAGUCCCUCAGCAAGAUUGCCGCCAUCAUCGACUCUUCGUCUACCGCCCAAUCGCCCGAUGUCCAGAUGGCGCUCGACUGUGCUAUGGCUAUUGCCCACCUUCAACGUGCCAAGCUGGCCGCCACCCCAUCACAAAAGGGAUUCGGAAUUAUCGAGAAGAUCGCCCGCCCCAGCGCUACCGCCAACAUGUCUCUCCUUGGAUGCACCGCUCUCUUCAAGCUUAUGGAAGAACUAUACGCACAACAGUCGUCUUCUGACAACUUCAGCACGUCUCUUGAGCGCGUCGCCGGCAGUCUCCGUAUCUGGAUCGGCAGCGCUCCUGGCGAAAAGUGUGGUCUCGAGCAGGACGUCCGUCACAAAAUGGUGGACCGCUGCCUCAGCAUCACUAAAAGUGUUGUCGGUAUGGAGACCGACACGGGCUACGGUAGUAUGAGCGAGUGUGAAGAAGAUGGGUGCUGA